AUGUCCAAUUCCCAGCAGACCUCGGAAGCAGGGCCGUCCUCCACUCCUGCCGCUGCCGCCGCCGGCCCUUCCACCGACAUCUUACCGACAGAUCCUGGCGCCAUGCUUCUCAAGAUUGUUCAAAAAACUGAAGAUGGUCCCGAAGAAGCAAAUUACCGUUUCAAGGAGGUUUUCCGGAUGUAUAAAGAGAUCAUGAAAGAGAUCGAUGAGUCCCGGCUGAAGGAAAAAGAAAUUAGUGAAAUGGGAGAUAUUGCAAGCGAGGAAGAACUGCGAGCGGCAUACGCCAAGCUCCGCAAGCGUACCUUCGAAUCGCAGAGCGCAUACACUUCCCUCCUGUCCGUCGCGUCCACCCAACUCAUUGAGGUAUCAAAAUGCUGCGUCGACGCUGUCACCAAAGCAGCCGCGUGUGAAGACGAGAUGGUAGAGAAGCUGAGGGUGCUCAAUCAGAAGAUGGUAUCAAUGGAGGAAGGACAGGCGAGAUUGUUGAAGGAGACUAGAUCAAGGUAUGUGUCGGAGAAUAGAGUUUUGAAGAUGGAGGCGCAGAAGUUGAGGUCGCAGGUGAUCAAUUUGGAGAAGGAGUUGAGAAAGGCGAAAAAGACAUAG